UGACGUCUCGGUCUACGACGCGCUUUCCACGAGCCGCAGCCGAUUAAACUAGUUUAAAUUGUGUUAAAAGAAGUACAUGGUACAUGCAGACUAAUGACAGUUGUAUUGUGGCAAUCUAUUUUAACUAUUGAAUGGUUUACCCGUAGAUAAAAUACGGAAUUAGUACAUUUGGCAAGCUACAUUAGACAGACUGGUGUUAGUGUGUGUGUGGUAUAGCUAGCUAGCUAGCUAACGUCUGAGCUGGUUAGUUUUUAUAAACUGUUAUCUGAAAAUAGCUGACUAGCUGUACACUGGUUGCAACAUGGGAAGAAAGAAACAGGGCUCGUCUGUGCGCACUGGCAACAAAAGCAAAGAAAAAAGGCAUAAAAUGAAGGGGAAAACCUUAGAGGCCUUUACAGAAGAAAUGCACACUACUUUUGAAGCAAGUCUUAACCUAGAGGAGGGAGCAGAGGCCCCCCAGGUGAAAAUGCCUUGUCCCCUUGCCAUGUGGGACUUGGGUCACUGUGACCCCAAACGUUGUACUGGCAGAAAGUUGGUACGCAAGGGCUUUGUACGCAACCUGCGCCUCAAUCAGAGAUUUAAUGGACUCAUACUGAGUCCGAUGGGCACAAAGUACGUGACUCCAGCAGACAGAGAGAUUGUGGCUCAAAAUGGUUUAGCGGUGAUCGAUUGUUCCUGGGCCAAGCUGGAGGAGACUCCUUUCAAUAAGAUGGUCGGAAGUCAUCCCAGGUUACUGCCAUUCCUUGUAGCUGCAAACCCUGUCAACUAUGGCAAGCCCUGCAAGUUAUCCUGUGUUGAGGCUUUGGCUGCCACAUUCUGCAUUGUCGGUUUUAAAGAACUAGCAAUGCUCUUGUUGAAUAAAUUCAAGUGGGGGACAGGGUUCCUGGACCUCAAUAAAGUUCUGCUGGACCAAUAUGCUGCAUGUCAGUCAGAGGAAGCGAUGCUCUCCGUAGAAAAGGAAUAUCUCACGUCUGAACCAGUGGAGGAGGAGUUUGAUCCAUUUGAUGUUAACUCUGGAGUAACAUGUGGGAAUCCCAACAGACGUCUGUGUGCACCUGAAGAUGAGGAUUCUAGUGAGGAGGAGGAGGAGGAGGAGGAAAAAGAAGAAGAAGAAAAAACAACAACAGAGAGCAACAUUGAUUCAAGAACAGUAUUGCAUCAUCAUGAAGAGGAAGAGACUGGAACAAAGUCGUCACAAUAAAGCAUAUUUCAACUAUGGAUUUUAUUUUUUACUCCAAGGACUGGCAAAACCUUUUCAACACUCAUGACUCAUACAUCUUUGCAGUUUUGUACAAGCAUCCCAAAAAAGAGAAAUGUAUACAAUUGUAUGUUUGUCUUCAUGUAAACGCAGACUAAAUAAACGAAUCCUUGCAACCUUUA